GCUCGCCAAGGCCACUUCCGCCCUGCCCGCGCUCCCGCAGAGUCCUCAUAUCGCGAGAGGCGCGAGGUGCGAAGCCGGCUGCCGCGAAGAAGCCGGGAGCGAGCCCCGAGAGGCAGGUCCUUCGGCACUGCAGGAAUGGCAGAUUACGGGGUCUCGGCUGGCCAGUUUGUGGCAGUGAUCUGGGAUCAGUCAUCCCCGGCGGAGGCUCUAAAAGAUCUGGUGGAGAAGCUUCGAACGUUAACCGGCGGCGAGGGCCAGGUGUCUGUGGAAAACAUCAGCCAGCUGUUGCAGUCUGCCCACAAAGAAUCUAGCUUUGACGUUAUUUUGUCGGGUGUAAUUCCUGGGAGCACCACUCUGCACAGCACUGAGAUUUUGGCCGAGAUGGCCCGGAUCCUUCGGCCCGGUGGAUGUCUCUUUCUGAAAGAGCCAGUAGAGACAGCUGUAGUUAACAAUAGCAAAGUGAGAACGACAUCUAAGCUGUGCUCGGCCCUGACUCUUUCUGGUCUCGUGGAAGUGAAAGAGCUGCUGCGGGAACCCUUGAGCCCCGAAGAGGUACAGUCUGUCCAGGAACAUCUGGGUUACCAAAGUGACAGCUUGCUCUCUGUGCGCAUCACAGGCAAAAAACCCAACUUUGAAGUGGGUUCUUCUAGUCAACUGAAGCUUUCUAUUGCCAAGAAGUCUUCUCCUCCAGUGAAGCCUGCCGUGGACCCUGCAGCGGCCAAGCUCUGGACCCUCUCAGCCAACGACAUGGAGGACGAGAGCGUGGAUCUCAUCGACUCCGAUGAGCUGCUGGAUCCAGAAGAUUUUAAGAAGCCGGAUCCAGCUUCCCUGCGGGCUCCUUCAUGUGGAGAAGGGAAAAAGAGGAAGGCCUGCAAAAAUUGCACCUGUGGCCUCGCAGAAGAACUGGAAAGAGAGAAGUCAAAGGAACAGGCGAGCUCCCAGCCCAAGUCGGCUUGUGGAAACUGCUACCUGGGCGAUGCCUUCCGCUGUGCCAGCUGCCCCUACCUUGGGAUGCCGGCCUUCAAACCCGGGGAGCAGGUGCUCCUGAGCGCCAGCAAUCUCAGUGACGCCUAGGAGGGGCCGCCGUGGCGCACCUCUGCUCCUCGGCCAGCUCCUGCCCCUCGAGUCCCACCGCCGUGGUUCCUCCCACCUCCUCUGGAUGUGCUCACUCUCUGCGCGAACUCCGAUUGCAGGGGGUGCUGGGUAAACAGUGCGAAGCUGGCUGUGGGGUGCAGUGGGCUGCAGCGCUGCUAUGUAUCCAAAGACCAAGGUUAAUGGGGCCUGGGGACCUCUUUCUCCACCUAGUGUGAGGGAACGGGAGUGCGUCCUGAGGAGGCCCCUCUCCUGAUGUCACAGUGCUGACCUCACACUCAGAGUAUUAACACUCUGUGACGGAGGCCCUGCCCCGAUUCUAAGCUCAGCAGUAGUGCCACUGCCUGUCUUCCAGAGCUGGUGGUUUACUCAACCUGCAGUUGUUGGUGACAGGAGUCAAGUGUCUCAUGACCUCAGGGCACCAAAGGAAUCACCCAUUGGUUGCUGUGAUCAUAUUCAGUGUCCCUCUGUCCUUUUAUCCCCACCCCACCCCACCCCUGUUUUACUGUAUCAUACCUGUCCUGUGGUUUCUGUUACUCUACAGUCAUUAAAGUUGUGUACUUCUGCA